AUGGAGUUUAGAGAAGGAGCGGACACCGCUGGAGGACGAAAGUUUAAAUCGGAAUAGGCAAUAUCUCCCCCGACCUAGGUAAUGAUCAUGCCGAGAGACCUAGAAACCGAGCCCGGAUACAACUUUGCACCUCUAACUCCGCUCCCCGUCUGUCAUGAAGUUUACUUUCAGCCUUACGGUGUUGAGAUACACCGUCGCGGUCAGGCAGAUGUACACUAUAUCCGGACCAUGGCAUGCUCAGCCAUGUUUAUAAGUGCUGUUAUAUUCAGGCUCGAGUAUUUAGAUACCAAAAUACCAAACCAGUCCAUCUAACCGCUGGACAACCGUAAAGAUCAAAUUAAUUGUAAUACUUCGAUCACCACGAAAACCAUGGCUUUACCGACUCCCCUCCUCCAACCCUCGACCUGGCGCACCCUGGGUCUCUUCCAAACAACACUCUACAUAGGUGUGUCUGCCCUCUUCAUGAUUUCACCUCUCACUGGCGCUGCGUCUCUUGGUAUUCAUCCAUCCACACCCACCGAAGAGUCUAUAAACCACAAAGCGAUGCUCUUUCUCGGUAUCAGAGAUAUCUCUGUGGCUGUGCCUAUCGUCUUGUAUGCGAUGCAGGGAAAGAACAAGGAGAUGGGAAUGUUGAUUACGGCUUGGACUGUGGUGUUUGGGGUGGAUACUUGGGUUGCGGGUUCAGAGGGUGCUGCUGUGGGAGGCCUGAUUGGAGGCACAGUGUUUAAUCUGUUUGUUGGGUUGGGACUGUGGGGUUGUUAGGUGGACUCUAGGCUUGGAGUAGCCAGAGACGAACGUCAAGUAACCAAAGAAGAGACGGUGGAGGAAGAGCAGGAUCUUAGUCGUAAGAGGUGGAUUAUAGUGGUCUGUGAAAAUAGCGAUGCAAAGCAUGACAACAGGGCCUGCUGGAUGGGAACGACGAACGCAGAUAAGAAUUACAGAUGUCAUGUGCUUGAACUCCGU